AUGGCGAAGCUGCAACCUUCACUGGCAUUUUUGUGUUGUCUUCUCGGUGCUGGCACGGAGCUCCCCGUGGUGGACCUGGCAAAGGCGGACUGGAAGGAGCAGGCUUUGGAGGCCUUGCAGAAGCAUGCCUCCUUCUACUUGACGAACCAUGGUCUUGGCGAUUUUGGGCGUGGCACGGUGGGUGCCGCAUUCCAGGCGUCGGAACGGCUUUUCGCGACGAAGGAGUUGUGGAAGAGGGCCAUCGACGCAGGCCCUCCGCCGAAGGACUUCCCGGUGGUGCGUGGAUACUUCGGUGUAGGGGCAGAAUCUGGCACGAAGAGACUUCGCUUCGAGUGCAAGGAAGGUCUCUCUCUGGCCGGGAGCAACCGCAGCAAAGAGCUCCGCGGGAACCUGUUUCCACAGGGUCUCAGUUCCUCCGACAUCGACGCUUUGGAGGUGUUGCCAGAAGCCAUGAAGAACUUGGCCUUGCGCCUUGCCGAUGGCCUUGCCGAGGUGACGCAGAGUCGCAAACUGCUCUCCCCGGAGGACGCGGCCGUUCUUGCCGGCGGCGGUGACGGCCUGGAAGCUUUCCGAAUCUUUCGCUACUUGCCUUAUGAGGGAACGAGGUGUCAAGGAAGAGCGUUGGCCAGAACAGAACUGUGCUGGAGUUCGGACCACACCGACUGGGGCUCGCUCACCCUGAUCGCCCAGCCGGACGAUGGUCAGGGUGCUUUGGAGCUCUUCAGAGAAGGAGAGUACCACCGCAUCGCCCCUUUGCCUGGCGCUCUCUUGGUCAAUGGGGGCGACUGGCUAGAGCUUGUGUCUCACGGAGCUUUGCCGUCACCACUGCACCGCGUCCGGCAGCCCCCAGGAGAGGACACAGGUCGAACUGCCUUCGUCUACUUCCACUACCCUGCGGGCUCUGCGCCAUUGACGCCUCGGGACGUAACCGCUGCCGCAGAGCGCCGGAGCAAAGCCUCACGGCCGCCAGGCUUCGUGUUCAACACCCUGACGAACGGUUUGGAGCAUAUUACCGAGGCCCUCACCUUCAAGACCCACUUGCAGCAGAAAUGGCUGGGCGUGCGCACCCCUUCUCCUCGAUCCACAGAGCUCUGA